AUGAGCGGGCAAAGACAAGCACCUUGGGAUUUCUCGGCCGAGUGGCACUCUGUACAAACACUGAGGGAUCAGCUUGAACAGGAGUGCCAGGCCCUUGCAAUGGUCUCUGUUGACAUCCUUUUGCGUGCAACAAAAGGCUGGGAGAUGAAAUCCUCUUCCUCCACCUGGCCAGCCAUCUACCUCUACCUCCUAGCAAUUGUCCACCUCCUCCUAAUUCCACCUCUACCUCCAACCUGCGCACCUCCUGCACCUUCCACGCUCCUCCCCUCUACCGUCACCUACACCUCCACCUACACGCUCGCUCCUCUACACCUCUGCAUCCACGCUCCUGCCACCUACACCUGCCUGCACUCGACCAACCUCCUCCACCUACACCUCCCUGCGACCGUCCACGGCUCCACAUUCUUGGAGCCUGCCUCGACUUCCCCUCCACCUCGCUGCACCUCCACCUGCUUGGCACCUCCACCUGCUCUCCACGGCCCUAGCUCGCUUUCUCGCACUUGCCACCUCAACCAUCCACUCUCCACUUCUCGCUCCACCUCCUGCACCCUGCCGCCUCCUCGCCUAGCACUCCUGCCUCCACCUCGCCACGCUCCACCUACACCUCCACGCCAACACGCGUCCUGCACCGCACGCUCCCGCUCUUGGCUUGGGAACUCCUCCUCCACUUGCCAGCGCUCCUGCCCUGCCACCUCCUGCACCUCCACCUCGCUUCUCACCUCGCCUGGACUCUACUCCAGCCUCCACCUGGCCACCUCCACUGCCACGGCUCCAGCGCUCACUCGCACCUCCAACCAGCGCUACGUGCAACCUCCCCGUCCACCUCGCCUCUCGCCCUUGCUCAUCCCCUCCUCCACGCUCGCACCUCGCACUUACACCUCCCCCUCCUCCACCUCCUGCUACCGUCGCACCUGGCCAGCCUCGCGCAGCGCUCCACCUGGGCACCUGCCACACCACCUCCACGCGCUCCUCUGCCACCUCCACCUCCACUCUACGCCACCAGCCUGCCACCCUUACCUCCAGCUCCUGCCUCCAUCUGCCACCUCUACCCUUACGCAUCUCCAGCUUUUCCACCUCCAACCUUCCACUCCACGCUCUAGCGCUCCACCUGCCUGCACCUGCGCACCUCGCACAACUUUCCAGCCUCUCCUCCUCAUCGCACCUCCCACGCUUCUGCUGCAAGCUCUAAACGCAUCGGCGCCUCGCUGCACCUCCACCUCCUGCAACCUCUACCUCACGCUCCCCCUCCCGCCCCUGUCCCCUCCCUGUUCAACCUCCACCUGCACUCCACCUCCACCGUGCGCUCCUGCACCUCUCCUCACCUCCUUGCACAUCUCCUCCACCUCCGCCCUCCUGUACUCCACGUCCACUCGGCCUGCUCGCCCUCCUGCAGCCUGCCACCACCACGGCUCACCUCUCGCAAUUCCACCGUCCUGGCAACCUGCCCUCUCCACCUCCUCCAACCUCCAGCUCGCGCGUCGCCGCCUCCCGCAGGAGCCGGGCGAGGGCUGCGUCGCCCGCGUGAGAACCGUGACGCUCGUUAUAGUCCGCGGGAUUGGUUCUCUGCGCGCUCGUGACUUUACGAGCCUUCUGAUAGGCGGAGAGCCGACUCGUGAUCUAGGAAGACCUUACAGAGUAAUGAAGUUAGCUCCUCGCCCGUGGUGA